CAAAAAAAUAAUAACUUGUACACAAUUGAAAUAUGGCAUGAAGAUAUAUAUCUUGAACAUAUAAAUGAAAGAAAAAGUGUCAAUGCUUAUUAUAUAUAUAAGAAUAUAAGUUUUCUUAAUUAUGACAUAAUUUUAAAGUAUCAUACAAGAAAAUGGUUAACCGACAAUUGCCACAUCCGUUAAAUUCGAGUCUAGAAAAUGUUAUUGCGUCGAAUUCGAGAAUGGAAAUGCAACCGAGGUUCUCGCGAUCCGCUUCUCUGGGCAGAAAACCAACAGGAUCUAAGAAUUUUUCAUCGAAGAAACAAAAUACUCGUCAUCGCAGGACGGCUUCGCUCGGAGCUAUUGACGUAUCGCAAUGCGUUGUAUGCAAGAACAAAGUACAAUCACUCAAAACGAUGAAAUGUCGUCACACCUUUUGCAUGCAAUGUUUCAAAAAUCGAUUUAUGAUAUCAUAUAAAAAAGAUGGCGGUACAAUUUGCCCAGUUUGCAAUGUAGUAAUAAUCAAUGCAAUAGAUAAGAAAGAGUUAAAAAGUGCGGUAAGUUUCGCGCCCUUACCGCCAAAGAUCCGAGACAAGAAAUGUCGUACCUGCGGCGAAUUUUGUGAGGAUAAGUGUAAACACUGUAAACGCAGAUUUUGCGAUGUUUGCUUGAUAAGUCAUAUCAAUGAUUUAAAAGAAGAAUUAGGUAAUAUAAAUGAAGAUCUUAAUACAUCAGCCGUGAGAUUUGAAGAUAAAAUCAGCAAUUUCCAGAGCAAAGCAAACGAGAUACGAGAGUUUAUCAAUAGAGAUAUAGAAGGCAAAGUAAUAGAACUUCAUAAGAAAAGAGAAAAUCAGAUUAAGAAGAUCGAUCACAUAGUUGCUGCGGGUGAAACAUCGGUGGGGGAUAUUAGAGAAAAACUGAACAAGGCCCAGAUGGAAAUAAGAGAACAGAAGGAAGUUUCAUAUGAUGCGUUGCCCGAUAAUGAGAACAAGGUAACAGUAUUUCUAGAUUUACAACAAAAAGCCGCGGAAGUAAUGGCAGCAGUUGCCAUUUGGGAAGCGGAAUUAAAUAAGAUAGAAAAGGGAUUUAAGAAAGUUAAGGGAAAGGAAAAACUGCCUGCCAAGAAAAAAAUAGAUUCUCCGAACAAGCGGAAAAUUAAAAAAACGCACUCAGCAAACAAUUUCGCAUUCAAAAUUAUCGCGAAUCAUGACAUGGUGCAACGGCCGUCGGCGCUCGCCGUUGAUUCCUGGAGGGAUAACAUUAUCACGACCUGUCCAGGGUCAGGACAGGUUGUCAUUUUGGACAGGAAGUCCAAAGUUGUGCGGAGGAUUCGUCACCAAGAGAUGAUGGCGCCUCAAGGACUCGCUUUCCUGCAGGAAAAUGACGAGAUAUAUGUGACAGAUAAGUGGAAGCACUGCAUAUUCGUGUUCGACCACAAAGGCGAGCUCGUUCGUCGCAUGUGCAAUAAGGGCCAUGGAGAGUCGGAGCUACGUUCGCCGGAGGGAAUCGCGUUUCACCCGGAACGAAGCGUGCUCUACGUCGCCGAUACCGGAAACAAUCGUGUCCAGGUCCUUGAGAGGAACGGCGCGUAUUUGGACAGUAUCGGGCCCAAGAGCAAACAAGCGAAGGGCACUGUCAGAUUCCGCAGAACCGACUCGGUCCCUAGUCAACUAAAUCAACCGACAGACGUGGCUGUCACCACAACGCGCAUCGUCGUCGCUGAUUCCGGAAAUCAUAACGUGAAGAUAUUUAACCAUGAUGGACAAAUUCUUCAAACAAUCGGCGAUGUUGGUACAGCAAAGGGUUUCUUUAGAUCGCCCGAGGUACUGAGAAUCGACAAAAAGGAAAAUAUCAUCGUUGGCGAUGCUGGAAAUGGAAGAGUGCAGAUUUUUUCUCCAAAAGGUGAAUUUCUACGGAUGUUAGGCGACAAAAAGACCCAAGGACAUAAGUUUGGAUGGGUAUCUGGUAUAUUCGUGACAAAUAAUUACGAUAUUUUAGUCUCUGAUAGCAGGAAUAACUUUAUAUAUUUAUUUUAAUACGUGUUAUAGUUUCUCUUUCUUACUCUAAACUCUUUUCCCUUGAAACUUCGGGUUAUUUUGUGCCUUAUUUG